AUGGAACUCAGAAAGCUAAUGGAUGUUGCAAGCCAAGCGGUCACUGUCCACACCCUUUCUAAAUAUCGUGUGGAUAUCACUUGCUUGUCGGAGGCCCUUCUUCCUUAUUUUGAGUCUCAAGUGAUUAUUUAUCCUGGCUUGCAGCAGAGAUACUGGUUAUAUCACUGUGAUGCUUCGGAUAACUCGGGGUGGAAUGGCGUAGCGAUUAUCUUAUCUGACAAGACCCAUUCCGAUUUGAUUGAGUGGAAACCGGCAAGCGACCAUAUGGCCUAUGACCGUUAA